AAACGAAAGUUCCGAAACUUUUCAGCUUUACGGGGGAGAAGAGCAAGUGAUCAUUGGCCAGCGAACCAAACUCGAUUGUUCGUCCUCGGACACUUGGAAAAACUCCGUCUGGGCAACGGUUACAGACAUGGACUUCAUGGACCCCGAAAUGCGACGGCAGCAUUCGUACCAUUGAUAUCAUGCACGAUGUAUGGCUGUCUGGAGCUGAUUCGCUCAAUGGUUUGUUGACUGUUUGUGGCACCCUGCAGGUAAAUUUCCCUACCUCGAAAAUCAAACAUAAAGACCGUCUCUCCUGCCUGUUUCUUGAACCAGAUAUCCACCUUCCCACUUGCAUUUUCAGCCAUCGAUUACUCAACAAGCAACAUGGCAGCCGCAGGAAUUGCCAUAAUCGGUGGCGGGCCUUGUGGUCUUACCCUCGCUCGUCUCCUUGAAUGCAAAGGCAUCGACUACAUUGUCUACGAGCGAGACGAAAGCGAGAAUUCGAACCGCGCGGGUGGCAGCCUCGACAUCCACGCCGGGACGGGGCAACACGCGCUUCGGGAAGCUGGCUUGUUGGACGGCUUCAAGAAAUACGCCAGAUAUGACGAUACGGCGGUUACAAUCGCAGACAAGCAGGGGAAAAGACUACUUCAGAUGGGCCAGAAUCGUGAUGCUCCUGAAAUUGACCGCAAAGAUCUUCGUCAAAUUCUUUUGGAUGCUAUUCCAAAAGAUAAGAUCAAGUGGGGUCACACUCUGCUAAAUGCGAAGAUUGGCGAGGACAAGAGGCCGAUGCUUGAGUUCACCAAUGGUGUUGUACUGUCUAAAUUUAAGCUUGUGGUCGGAGCUGACGGUGCAUGGAGCAAAGUACGCCCUAUGAUCACACCAGCAAUUCCCCAAUAUUCUGGCAAGAUCUUCCUUGAGUCGAAAGUUGGCCAUGAAAACCCGUUGUACGAAACAACCGUUAGCAGAGUUGGACCUGGAAUGUUUCUCGCCACUGGCGUUGGAAAAUCGAUCGUGACUCAACGGCAGGGUGAUGGCACUUACAGAAAUUACUUUGGGAUCCAAGUCGAGGAGAAUUUCUUCCGAAACGGCGUCCUCAAGCUGGAUGUUGAAGCGACACGCCGCUUACUGCUCUCAGACUUUUAUGCGGACUGGGCGGAGGAAUAUCAAGAUCUCAUCCGGCACGCAACUGAUCUUCGCGUCUGGUCACUCUACACUUUAUCUACCGAGGACAUGAACUGGAAGUCUGUGCCAGGGUUGACACUUGUUGGAGAUGCUGCCCAUCUGACGAUUCCUAACGGGGAGGGUGUAAAUCUUGCAAUGACCGACGCAUUGAAGCUGGCAUCGAAAAUUGCCGAGCAUGGCAUUGAAGACGUCAACAGAGCAGUACAGGAAUAUGAGAAUGACAUGUUUCCUCGUGGGAUUGCUACGAUUGCAGAGGGCAGAAGAAUGGAAAAGGUCAUGUUUGAUGAAGAUCCGCAGGCGUUUUUCCAGGCCUUGUCAGACGCUGCGGCUCAGUGAUUAUUUGACUGAGAUACUAAUGUGGGUGUAAGAGAUAGAUAAAGAUGAUAACUUAAUUCUAGAAUAAAUGCCAC